AUGACCAAGCCCGGUUACGCUGCAGAUCAGCACCCAAGGAUCUUAGAGGGCAAUGACCUCAAGGCCCUUGCGAAAUAUAUGAAGUCGGAUAGCUGUCGUAAUGUUUUCCUUAUGGCGAGUGUGAGUACAUCUGCCGGUAUACCGGACUUCAGAUCACCUGGUACAGGAUUAUACGCCAACCUCGCACGGUUGAAUCUUCCAUUCCCGGAGGCGGUAUUCGAGAUAGGGUUCUUUAAGAAAAACCCGAUACCAUUUUAUACACUAGCCAAGGAAUUAUAUCCAGGGCGUUUCCGACCCACGCCCACACACAGCUUUAUAACACUCCUCCAUUCGCAUUCCCUGUUGCACACAUGUUUCACUCAGAACAUAGACACGCUCGAGCGGCGCGCAGGAGUGCCGGCGCAUAAGAUCAUCGAGGCACAUGGAAGCUUCGCCACGCAGCGGUGCAUUGACUGUAAAACGCCCUUUGAUGCAGAGAAGAUAAAGAAGGCGGUGUUGAGCGAAGAGAUAGAGAUUCCGAGGUGCGAACGGAGGAGGUGCAAGGGCCUGGUGAAACCAGAUAUCGUCUUCUUCGGUGAAGGGCUUCCCGAUCAGUUUCACAGAUCUAUCCGUAAUCUGCGAGAAGCGGAUUUAUUGAUCGUAUUGGGAACAUCGCUGACCGUGCACCCAUUUGCCUCUCUUGUGGACCUUGUCCCGAAUGACUGCCCUCGGGUGUUGAUCAAUCUCGAUGAGGUUGGCGACUUUAACAAACCAGACGAUGUGUUAUUCCUCGGAAAAUGCGACGAUAUUGUGCGGGAGCUAUGCAAAGAACUUGAAUGGGAGGAGGAGCUCGAUGCCGCUUGGGAGAAGACGAAGGAGAGCUUGGAGGCUGGUGAGAAAGGGCCAGAACUAGAACCAGAACCAGAGGAAUCAACGGAGGACGAGGUGGAAAAGAUCACAAAGAAUCUAGAGCAGGGGCUCAAAGUCAGUGACAAGAAGGAUGAAGAGCGACCUUCGUCGAAGAGCGGCAAGGCCAAUGAUUUGGUAGAACCGGAUUCAGUUGAAGAGGACUAG